UGAGCCACUCACAUGAGCGCUGGAAUCUAUAUAUCUACCCUCUUUCUGCCCUUCUCGUCUCAGAAAAAGACGACUCAGGGUAUUUGUCACCUACUGUGUAAGAUUUAAAAAUAGGGCAGACACACUGAACUGCAACCAUGUCUGAAGCGCCUAUGAAAACAAAGCCAAAGAUCUCUGCAUCUCGCAGGCUGUUCUUGAAGACAAAACUGCUUAAGAAGGCCAUGACUAUGCUGGACAGUGAAAAGCAAGCCAGAAAAGAUGAACGAGAAAGAAUCCUGGCUGAGAGGGUCCCAGCACUCCAAGUGUCAGGCCUGUCUCUGCAGGAUCUACAGAAUCUUUGCAAAGAACUACACCAGAAAAUUGAUGUGGUUGAUGAAGAACGGUAUGACAUCAACAGUAAAGUGACAAAAAAUGACAGGGAGAUACAGGACCUGUCUCAGAAGAUCUAUGAGCUGAAGGGCAAGAUGAAGAGACCGAACCUGAGGAGGGUGAGGGUGUCCGCUGAUGCCAUGCUGGGAGCUCUGCUGGGCGCCAAGGUCAAAGAGUCUGUGGACUUCAAGGCCAACCUCAAGACUGUGAAGAAGGAGGAGGAGAAGAAAGAGGAAGUGACUGACUGGCGUAAGAACGUGGACGCCAUGUCCGGUAUGGAGGGCAGAAAGAAGCUGUUUGAUGCCGGGCAGUAGUUCUUGUGGUGAAUUUAUUUAUGAAGGUGUUCGCUGCUCUACAACAGGUGGAACCAGGGAAUCAUGUGACUGUUAUAAUGACAACACAUAAAGACCAGGCUAACAAGUAGGUUCUGGUCCAGUUCGUGUUUCAAGUGUUUGUGUAAAUGGCAACAGUGAACAUGUUUAACUUAUACAUAUAGUUUUUUACAUAAUGUAUUGUGUAUUAUGAAAAACAUAUGUAUUUAAUAUAUUAUAGCUCUGUAUUGCUUUUGUUGUUUUUAGCAUCAAUAUGACCUCAUGAAAACAUCAAACACUAUUUGCUGUGUAGUAAUGUUACUGACUUGCUUUUUGACCUUUGUUGUAUACUAAAAUAACAAUAAGAAACAACAUUUCUCUGUACUCUUUGCGUUUACGAUAAAAAAUGUUGAGGGUCAGCUGUUCAUGGAGCCACAUAAGGUGAGCAUCCUUGAAAAUGACUGUGUCAUUAAAACAGACAUCACGAUGAGAAGCAGUGCUAUGAUUGAUCAAACAAUAAAAUGUAAAUGG